GUAUAGAAGUGAACAACUGCAUUUUUAGAGAAAGAGAACCCUGUCUAGGCAAUAGUAAAUUAAAUAAUACCUGCAGAAGAGAUGACAGACGGCUUUGGAACGAUAACUUGGUGGGGAUUCAGUCCAGCAGUGGACAUUCAGGACAAAGAUUUAUUGACUGCAGUAAAUGGGAUGAAAAUAAGUGAAAAGGAAAAUGAUGAGCUGAAGAUUUUGCUUGUUGGGUCGGGAGAUUUGAGACAUGUUUUGAUGACUAUAGCAAGAUCAUACCGUCACCAUCACAAAAAACUCCACUUUUACAUUCUGGAGAAUGCCUUGGAGCUGUAUGCAAGAGAUAUGUUAUUUCUGGCACUGAGUUUGGAGACACCAAAGCGCAUGGGAUUACAAGAGAAAACAGAAAUGUUCCUUGAACUCUUUGGCAAUCUGCUGGUCCGGAAACAGGCUUGUGAAUAUGUGGAGAAGAUGGCAAAUGAGUUCAUCAAGAUGGUGACAGAUUCAGACUAUCUUGCUCAGAAGCUACCAAUGUUAGAUCUCUCUCAGUUAAAGUUUAAAGAGAGAGAUUUUCUUGAGGGAAUUUUCAAAUUCUGGAGAAAUCCAUCAGUAGAAAUCUUUGAUGCUGAAAAACAUUGGGAUAUGAGACAGAGACAAUACCUAGGUCCACGAUACGACUGUAGAUUUAAUGCGUAUGAUUGGGAUUAUCACAUGAAGCUAGUCAACAAAGAGGCAGAUAUAAUACACAAACAUGAAUACAAAAGAUGGAGGAGUACUGGGAUUGCUUUUGAACCAAGGGAGGCAACGUAUGACAUCCCCAACAAAACACUGGCUUCAGGAGUCAUUAUAAAUCAGGAAGGAGAGAAGAUGUUACGGCGAGGAUACUGGGGAGACAUCUUGGUGGGGCCGUACCUGGCAUUUGGGAUUCAGUCAGAGGAGAAGUCUUUCUUCAAAAAAUCAAACAACCAAUACACCAAGAUUUCUCUACAAGUGGCCGAGUACAACCUUUUAUCCCUGUUCCAUGAGAUAGCUCAUAAAGAGAAAUACAUUCCACCGAAAGUAGAGGAAAAAUCUGACGACACGAAAGACAGUAAAGGGGGGGUCACAAUCACAGAGAUUUCUGAAGAAGAAGAAAAUUCAGAAGAGACUGAUGUUAAGGAGACAGAAGAAUCACCUAGUAACCCAUUAGGGCAGGCUUAUGAGUGUUUACCCCUGGAGGAUGUGAAGAUAACAUUCCUGCCACUGAACUCUCUUCCAGAUCUCCCUAAGAAGUCCAAAUAUAAGAAUUGCUUCCACUCUGUAUAUUUUGCUAACAGUUUAGUUCAUCUUUUGACUCCUGAGGUGGCACCCACCUUCAGAGAUUCUGCGACUGUGAUCUUGGAGACAGCAAGGUAUAUGCUGGAACUAAAAGAUGAACAGGAAGUGGAAUUUGCCAACAAAGUUGUGGGAUUAGCUAAGGCAGCUGGUUGUCAGGAUCCAGGAAACUUUGAUGCUAAAUCAUCAAAUGUCAUCACCUUUAAAUAUGAGCGUCCCUCCUCCUGAUAGUCAUUGGAUUUAAGUUUCAUUAUCAUUUUCAUUCUAAGAAGACCUUUAUUUAUUUAUUGACAGUGAUAUCAUUUCAAGUUUUAAUAGGAAUUUUGUUCAUCCUUACAAGCCAUGGUAUUAACUUUAAAAAGUUAAAAAUAUUCUUUAUCAAAGAUCAGAAUAUUGUAUUUGCAAUAAAAAUGUU